AAGCUUGUAGGUGGCAGUAACGAUGCUCUGAUUAAAAUAAAAAGGAAGAAGAAACUCGUAUUCGUGUGACGCCGGCGAGUCACUUCCGCUUUCAUUGAAACUGUAGCUACAAAUCUGUUAGAAGCCGUUUUUUCCCCUCAGUGUAUUUGUCUGGAGGUGAGCGCUCAUCAGAAGAUGAUUGACUUUAAAGGCUGGGCCGAGUACGUGGUGGAGUGGGCCGCCAAAGACCCCUACGGCUUCCUCACAACCAUCAUCCUGGCCUUGACCCCACUGUUCAUCGCCAGCGCUCUGCUUUCCUGGAAACUUGCGAAGAUGAUCGAGGCCAGGGAUCGUGAGCAGAAAAGAAAGCAGAAGCGGCAGGAGAACAUAGCGAAAGCCAAGAGAUCCAAAAAAGACUGAUCUAAAACAAGGGGAUGCAGGUGGAUGCAAUGUUCCUGUGUGUUUAAAAAAACAAAAACAAACAAACAAAAAAAAACCCUCAGCCCCACUCAGCUGUGCCGAACCCAGAGCAGCUCCUGCAGGGGCUUUGAGAUGGACUUAUCACUCGACACGAGAGUGCACAUCAAGCAAGCUGAUUGAGAUCUCAUUUGCAGAACUGCAGUGUUUUUUGUUUAUUUUUUUCUGGAAAAAUCAUGUAACAUGAUUGCAGCAUUCAACAUUCCAAUACUUUUUAAUGUUGAUGUUUUCCAACACAAAUCCACUUUUUAUUGAUAAUAAAAAAAAAGUUCUUAACA